GGCUUUGGAGGCACAUUUAUGGAGGGAGCUUCAGUUCUGGAUACUUGAAUUAGGGCGAGAAGCUGUUGUGCAGAUGGAUGCGAAUUAUGAUGCUUUUCCACGGUGGUCUAACCUGACGCUCUUUUUGAAGGUAGUUGUGGUCAAUUUCAAUGAUACUUCACAUCACGAGGACAUAUUGAAGCCUGUAACAGGCAAGGACUGGAAUUUCCCCAAGAAACACACAAGUUCGCAUCUAUUUGAUGAUAUCUUAGCAAAAGGCACAACACAAAACUACAACACAAAACUGAACGAGAAGAUGCAUGGCCCUGUGAGGGACAUCUACCGCAAUCAAACAAAUUUCAAGGACAUUGCUACACAGAUUCUUCGCUAUGAUCAUUGGCUACUAACCUCAACAUCAAUGCGUUCUGAACUCGACGAGUUGGACAAGUACAAUUGGAAAGCCAACCUCCCAACAACAGAAGACGCAGACACAGAAAAUCCUGCAAUUUCUGUGGCUCCAGCUCCCUGCACCCACAUAAAGUUAGGCUUGGCGCAAGAUGACAAGCGCAUUCAUUUGCAGGCUGACAACAAGAUUACUGGAUACAAAUAUCUGCAAGUCAACUACGAGUCUAUGGUCAACUGGCGCCAGUGCAAAGACCUCCUUUGA